UCAUUUCCCCUACGCCAAGGCACCUAUGAUCCCUCUCUCUUUCCCUGCUUGCCAAGAACUGCCAGUCGCCACAAACGCACCCAGCCUCGCUCCUCUCACCACGAUCUGAGCUUGUCGAAGGCAUGAGGCCGGCAACAAGUGUUUCCAGGCCCACAUCGACGUCGACUACAUCGCCAGCAGCGAUACCGGCAGCGGCAGCGGCAGCGGCAGCGGCACUGCCGGCCUCGCCGUGGCACUCACCGGUGCCGUACCUGUUCGGCGGGCUGGCCGCCAUGCUGGGCCUCAUCACGCUGGCGCUCCUCAUCCUCGCCUGCUCCUACUGGAAGCUCAACAACUACCUCGGCACCGGCGACGCCACCGCCUCCGCCUCCUCCGGACCCGGACGACCCGGAGCCACGGAUGGCGACGGCUCCAAGUCGCCGGCCGCCUCCCCCGCGACGUUCGCCGACCUCGUCGCCGUGGUCAUGGCCGGGGAGAAGAUGCCCACGUUCUUGGCCGCGCCGAUCGUCCGCCGAGCGCACAGUAACGGCGCCACCGCCAUAGUCACCGGAGAAGGGUCGUCGCCGGAAACGGAGGAGGAGCAGGAGAGCCGCGGCAAGGCAGGGGAGGGGGAGAGCGGUGUGGUCGCCGACGCCGAACGUGAACGGCAGCUAGCAGAUCAGGUGUGAAGUGAACAGGGAAUGGAGAAAACUGAAAUCUGCUCGAUCGAUCUUCCUCCAAAUUUUGUUUGGUUAUCAGGAUCUGUAAAAAUUUUGUGAGAAGGAUGAAAUUACAUGAUUCGUGACGUGAA